AUGGACCAACAGGGAGACAACAGUGCUGAAAUGUAUGAAGGUUUGGAACCUGAUUUUGAGAAUAUGGAUGACGGUUUGGAACGUGAUUUCAAUGAAAUGUAUGAUGAUUUGGAAGUAAUGAAUGACGCUACGAACAAGGGAGGUGAAGCUGUUAUGGUUGAUCUGACUGAUGUGUUUAGCACCGGCAUGAUGUUUGAUACGCGAGAUGAUUUAUUAAAAUGGGCUAGAAAUGUUGGAAGACCUUGGAAGAAUCCUAAACCUAUGAGGAGUACUUGGAGUAGAAAAUGUGAAUGUCCAUUUAGAUUGAGAGGUCAUGCUUUCUUAGGCCGAUUAUCUCAGGAAGAGAAAGUUGUACUUGGUGAUAUGACGAAAAAUAUGAUCAAACCAAGAAACACAUUGAUGACAAUAAAGGAUCAUAAUGUUACAAGUUUGACGACAAUAAAACAAGUUUACAAUGCACGUCAAGCAUAUCGUUCACCACUUAGAGGUAAUAGAACAGAAAUGCAACAUCUUUUGACAUUGAUGGAACGCGACAAAUACGUCUAUCGAUAUAGGAAGGUAGAGGGUUCAAAUGAGUUGAGGGAUAUCUUUUGGACUCAUCCAGACGCUAUCAGUCUUGUAAAUAAUUUUCACAUAAUAUUGAUUUUGGAUAGCACAUACAAGACAUGUAGGUAUCGAAUGCCAUUAUUUGAAAUUAUUGGUGUUACAUCUACUGAAAUGACAUUUUGUGUGGGAUUUGCGUAUCUACAGUCUGAGCGUGCUGAUAAUUUUACAUGGGCACUACAAAUGUUGAAAGAACAGAUUACAGGUGGUGAAGUUGAAGUAAUUGUUACUGAUAGAAAUCUUGCUUUGACGAACGCAGUUGAAUAUGUUUUUCCAAAGGCAGUCAAUUUAUUAUGCUUGUUUCAUGUAUGCAAAAAUGUCAAAGCGAAGUGCAAGAUGACUGUUUUUCCAAAAGAGAAGCAGAUGCAAAUAAUGGAGGCAUGGGAGGCUCUUGUUUACAGUUAUGAUGAGACUUACCAGGUACAGUAUGACCCCCGUUCCAUUCCGUUAGAUUGCAUUCAUGUUUGGUGGACUAAAUUAACUUUUCAUGAUGAUGGGUCGGGUAAACCUUUAAAAUUAUCUGUGAAACAUGAAAUAGAAGUGAUAGUGAAAAAGUUUGAUAAACUUGAUGUACCUAGAAAAAUUGCACUUAAAGGUAAAUUACGUGAGAUCACGUAUCCAUCGACUACGUCGACGUGUCCACCUGUUGAUAAGGUUAAAACAAAGGAUGCACCUAAAAAAGGCAAAAGUAAGGUAUCAAAAAGAGGUAAAUCAACCAAGCGUGAUCCAUCUUGGUGGAAAUAUGUGGAUGCAAGUGUUCGAUGCAGUGGUACAAAUGCAUGUAGUACUGUAACAUCUAAUAAAGUACAACAACCUCGAUCAUCAGUGAAAAAGCUCACACCUCGACCAUCAGUCAGCAAAGUUCAACAACCGAGAGUUCUUAUCUUCAAGGAUUGGUUGCCGGUUGAAAUUCAAAAAUUCAUAGAUGACAUUAUUGAUGUGGGCGAGGAUGGUAAUUGUGGAUAUCAUGCAGUUGCAGCGUUACUUGGAAUGGGUGAAAACUUUUGGGCAUUCAUUCGUCAAGAGUGUGUGGUAGAGCUUCAAGAAUUCAUGUCUCAUUACGAGAUAAUAUAUGGUGGACAAAUUUUUGUUCAACAACUUAUACACAAUGUAUAUGUUGAACAUGUUGCAACUUUGGAUAAUUGGAUGACACAUCCAGAAAUGGAAUAUGUGAUUGCUUCGAAAUGGGAUAUGGGAUAA